GAGAGCGCAGAGCCAGCGAGAGAGCAGCAAGCGGGAACCGGAGCCCCGCGCCAGAGCUGGGCGCGCCAGGUAGGGUUAGCCUGUGGUGCCGUGGCCACUGCCAACCUUUUUAGCCCUGACCCCACAUACCGGGACCCCGCGGGUCCUCGAGUUCUGGAGCAUUCUGACCGAGGCAUCCAGGCAGCGCUUUCUGGGAGCUCCAGGAAGCGGGAAGACCGUCCUGGGCACCCCGCCUUUCUUCCCAAGAGAACGCACGCCCUGCAUCGCGCUUCCCAGUUCCUCCGGCUUCACCGUCCUCUAGUCCUUCUUUCUGUCUGUGUCUCUGUCUUUGUCUCAGCCUCUAAGAUUCGCUCGCCUUCUCAGAUUUGUGUGGUCCUGCCUUUCGGCUGGACUCCCAGGUUCUCGCCCCUUCUCUGCCUCAGCUUCCAUCAGGGCCUCCCCUGGGUUUCUGCCCCAUCUGUGUUAGUCUUCACCCCUGAUUCUCUCUCCUGUUUGCUGGCUGAGCUGCUUCUUUGGGCUCCCAGGCUCCCAGUUCCCCUGCCCUGGCACCAGCAGAAGACUAGUCCGAUGAGAAGCCUUAGUCUUUGUGGCCAGGACGGGGGUCCUUGAACUAGUUGCUGUCCUCUUAAGCUGGAGUUUCCUUUCCAAUCUCGAAGAAAGAUGUGCCCCUCUCCCAGUCAGCAUGAUCUCAAGAGCCUGCCUUUGUAGGGUUGAAAGGUGGAUAAUUAGGAUGCAAGCUAAGAGGAUGGGAGGGGAACUCUAAGGCUGGCCAAAGGCUGAGAAGGCUAAGGCUGGAAAUGAUAGUUGUGGCCUUGGAGUGAGUGAAGAGAGACAGAGACGCUAAGUCUCCAACAGCUUCCCGUGUAAAGCUUGGGCAUCUACAAAUCAGCUCCACCCCUGUUCAGAGGUCUUGCCAGGUUAAUUGUUCCCCACCUGUGACACACAUACAUCCACAUCUAUUUCCUUUGCUGACUUGAGACCUUUAACUACAUGGUACCUUCUCCGGGGUCAGUCCCCCCUCCUUGCUGUCUCAUUGCCCCGAGAGUCUCCAUUUCUUUCUCAUUCAGGAGGCUUGGGGACUGGCCCUUUAAGAACCAAAGUCUAGGACUCUGGGUGUUCCCCCUGGUCUUCAGUUUCUCUUGGGCUGGCAACUAUCCCAUAGGGAUUCUUCACUCCCUGUGAUGGAUCUUCCAGUGCCCCUGCACUGGAAACCCAAGGCUCAGGAUGGGAGCCAGGCCCCUCAGUAUGUAACUGCCAUGACCUCAGCCACUACUGUAUGGGUCUCCUAGGAGGUUAGCAUAGGCCCUUUGGUUUAUGUAGGAUUUGGCAAUGGAAGGAUCCCCUACCCUCUGCCUGGGUCCCCACUCCCACCCUGCCUGCCCUUUGCUGAGUUUAGUAGGGACACCAAGCCCAUCUCUAGCCAAGAUUAGAGCAAAGCUGAGAGACAGACCUAUGGGGGUAGGCCAGGAGCUUCUCAGCAUAGUUAGUGACAUCACCCUCCUCAUGACUCCUGAGUGCCUGGGAAGGGUAUGCAGGGAGGGACAGAGUCAGAGGGGAGGCUGGAAAUAAAAGGGGACAGCCACACUCUGGUUCUACUUUUCCCGUUUGUCUGUCUCUCUAUCUCUCUGCAGGAGCUGGCCCCUCCUCAUCUCUCUUCCUGUCUGUCCUUUCCUGGCCCCUGUUUCCUCCUCUCUUUGCCUCUGCUGAGCCCAUCCUCAUUCCUUGAAGACCCUGGUCUGCUGGACCUAACCAUCCCCUUUGGGGCCAUGGGAUCACUGCUUGGGUUUCUGGCACUGCUGCUGCUGUGGGGUGCUGUGGCUGAGGGCCCGGCCAAGAAGGCGCUGACCCUGGAGGGGGACCUGGUGCUGGGUGGGCUGUUCCCAGUGCACCAGAAAGGUGGCCCAACAGAGGAAUGCGGUCCUGUUAAUGAGCACCGUGGCAUACAGCGCCUAGAGGCCAUGCUUUUUGCCCUGGACCGCAUCAACCGCGACCCCCACCUGCUGCCUGGUGUGCGCUUGGGCGCUCACAUCCUCGACAGCUGCUCCAAGGAUACUCACGCUCUGGAGCAGGCACUGGACUUUGUGCGCGCCUCACUCAGCCGUGGUGCUGAUGGUUCACGCCACAUCUGUCCUGACGGUUCCUAUGCCACGCAUAGCGACGCUCCCACAGCCAUCACUGGUGUCAUUGGUGGCUCCUACAGUGAUGUCUCCAUCCAGGUGGCCAAUCUCCUGCGGCUGUUUCAGAUCCCACAGAUCAGUUACGCCUCCACCAGUGCCAAGCUGAGCGACAAGUCCCGUUAUGAUUACUUUGCUCGUACUGUGCCCCCUGACUUCUUCCAGGCCAAGGCCAUGGCUGAGAUUCUCCGCUUUUUCAAUUGGACAUACGUGUCUACGGUGGCAUCUGAGGGUGAUUAUGGUGAGACAGGCAUUGAGGCCUUUGAGCUGGAGGCUCGUGCACGAAACAUCUGCGUGGCCACUUCGGAGAAGGUGGGCCGUGCCAUGAGCCGGGCAGCCUUCGAGGGUGUGGUUCGAGCCCUGCUGCAGAAGCCCAGUGCCCGAGUCGCUGUGCUCUUCACCCGGUCUGAGGAUGCCCGUGAGCUGCUUGCAGCCACCCAGCGCCUCAAUGCCAGCUUCACCUGGGUGGCCAGCGACGGCUGGGGAGCCCUGGAGAGUGUGGUAGCAGGCAGUGAAGGGGCUGCGGAGGGCGCCAUCACCAUCGAGCUGGCCUCCUAUCCCAUCAGCGACUUUGCCUCCUACUUCCAGAGCCUGGAUCCCUGGAACAACAGCCGGAACCCCUGGUUCCGUGAGUUCUGGGAAGAACGAUUCCACUGCAGCUUCCGACAACGAGACUGUGCAGCCCACUCACUGCGGUCUGUGCCCUUUGAACAGGAGUCUAAGAUCAUGUUUGUGGUCAACGCCGUGUAUGCCAUGGCCCACGCUCUGCAUAACAUGCACCGUGCCCUCUGUCCCAACACCACCCACCUCUGUGACGCCAUGAGACCUGUCAAUGGGCGCCGCCUCUACAAAGACUUCGUGCUCAAUGUCAAGUUUGACGCCCCCUUCCGCCCAGCGGAUACUCACAACGAGGUCCGGUUUGACCGCUUUGGUGAUGGAAUUGGCCGCUACAACAUCUUCACCUAUCUGCGGGCGGGCAGUGGGCGCUAUCGCUACCAGAAGGUAGGCUACUGGGCAGAAGGUCUGACCCUGGACACUAGCCUCAUCCCAUGGGCCUCCCCAUCAGCCGGCCCCCUUCCUGCCUCUCGCUGUAGUGAGCCGUGCCUUCAGAACGAGGUGAAGAGUGUGCAGCCAGGUGAGGUCUGCUGCUGGCUCUGCAUCCCCUGUCAGCCCUAUGAGUACCGGCUGGAUGAGUUCACCUGUGCUGACUGUGGUCUGGGCUACUGGCCUAAUGCCAGUCUGACUGGCUGCUUUGAGCUACCCCAGGAGUAUAUCCGCUGGGGUGAUGCCUGGGCAGUGGGACCUGUCACCAUUGCCUGCCUAGGUGCCCUGGCCACCCUCUUUGUGUUGGGUGUCUUCGUGAGACAUAAUGCUACACCCGUGGUCAAGGCCUCUGGUCGAGAGUUAUGCUACAUUCUGCUGGGAGGUGUCUUCCUCUGCUACUGUAUGACAUUCAUCUUCAUUGCCAAGCCUUCCACGGCAGUAUGCACCUUACGGCGCCUCGGUUUGGGCACUGCCUUCUCUGUCUGCUACUCAGCCCUCCUCACCAAGACCAAUCGCAUUGCUCGAAUCUUUGGCGGGGCCCGGGAGGGUGCCCAGCGGCCACGCUUCAUCAGUCCUGCCUCACAGGUGGCCAUCUGCCUGGCACUUAUCUCAGGCCAGCUGCUCAUUGUUACUGCCUGGCUGGUGGUGGAGGCACCAGGCAUAGGCAAGGAGACAGCCCCUGAGCGGCGGGAAGUAGUGACAUUGCGCUGUAACCACCGUGAUGCAAGCAUGCUCGGCUCGCUGGCUUACAAUGUGCUCCUCAUUGCUCUCUGCACGCUCUAUGCCUUCAAGACCCGAAAGUGCCCGGAGAACUUCAAUGAAGCCAAGUUCAUUGGCUUCACCAUGUACACCACCUGCAUCAUCUGGCUGGCUUUCCUUCCCAUCUUCUACGUCACCUCCAGUGAUUACCGGGUACAGACCACCACCAUGUGCGUGUCGGUCAGCCUCAGUGGCUCUGUGGUGCUCGGCUGCCUCUUCGCACCCAAGCUACAUAUCAUCCUUUUCCAGCCACAGAAGAAUGUGGUGAGCCACCGGGCACCUACCAGCCGCUUUGGCAGUGCUGCCCCCAGGGCCAGCGCCAACCUUGGUCAAGGGUCUGGAUCCCAGUUUGUUCCUACUGUUUGCAACGGCCGUGAGGUGGUAGACUCAACAACAUCGUCGCUUUGAAGAUCCCAACUCCUGCCCUGACAUGGCUGCUCCCAAACCCGGUGUAGACCUCUCCCACGGCCAGGAGGAAGUUGGCUGGAGCAGUGCAAUAGCGCCCACCCCAUGCCUGCCCCUAAAGUCACUUACCCACCUACCGAGUCCCCAGCCCUUUAGGUAAGAAGCCAGGGUCCUUAGCUGGGGAGCCUCUGCAAUGGCCACUAACUGUCCUUGUAGCUACACCCCGUGUUUGCCAGGCCUGGGACUCCAAGGGGAGAGUCAGUGUCUACUGUACUCUAGAACAAUGUGGCUGAGGAUGGCAGGCCCAACCCCCGUCAGCAAAGGUGCUUCCAGUCCAGCCCCUGCCCAGGCCUUUUUAAUUUUUUAUAAGUUACUCUGGGAUGGAGAGGAUGGCGAUCGUGGGGAUCAUCCCCUCCCCCUCCCCUCCCCGCCCAGUAGUUUGUCCCGUGGUUUAUUUUGUAUUAUCUGUAAAUAAAGUGUCUUUAUUUAAA